GAGAGUAUUUGGGGGCGGCGGGAACCAAAAGCGAAAUCUGUUGUAAAAAAUCUGCGUUCACACGAUACGCGGGGGUGCUGAGCAGGGUUGGCGCUUUCGGUGGGGGUCACGUGUUCAGGGAGCUCGGAAGGAUUGGUUGGUUUGAGCCCUCCCGGCCCCUUCCCCGCGCCAACCCCUUUAAACGGGUUAACCCGUGUUAAGCGACACGUGUGAACGCAGCCUCCUGCUUCAAAACAAAAAACUGGAGGGACGUGGAGAAUGAAAACUGGCUCGAAUGGUCUCCUCUCCAGGGACUUUGGAGGGGUUUGGAUGCUCUCAGGAGACCUCAUGCUGUCAGCCCCCUCUCUUUUCCUCCCCCCCUCCCAUCCCGCAACAACAACCCUGCGAGGAAGAAGACCCUUAAAAGUAGCCCCGGAUCUGUGAAAGGGAGAAAUCCGCAGCUGGAUUUUUGCACCCACCCACCCCCCACCAAAAUGGGGAUCCUGAAUGAGCCCCGAUAAAAAAAUAUAUCCGGGUUUGAAGACUCCGUUGCUCUUGUCUGGAGAUCGGUGCACACAAAGAAAGGAGAAGAUGCCGUUGGUCAACGGGCUGGUUCCCUCUCGAUUUCUGGUCCUAACAGCUCAUCUGGUCAUUGUCAUCACCAUCUUCUGGUCCAGGGAAAACAAUGUCCGCGCUUCCCUCCCUCUUCAGUGUACGCCGGAAGAAUAUAACCAACGAGACACCGAGAUGGUGGUGGCCUUGUCCGUAACCCUCGGGCUGUUUGUGGUAGAGCUGGCCGGCUUUCUCUCCGGGGUGUCCAUGUUCAACAAUGUGCAAAGUCUGCUUUCCACCCUGGCUCACGCUUCGGCAGGAGUCGCGCUGCUCUUCUUCCUCUUUGAGCAGUGGGACAGCAGCCUGUACUGGUGGAUCUUUGCGUUUUGCAGUGCCUUACCUGCUGCUGUCGAGAUCUUCCUGUUCAUCUCCGUCUUCGGACUCAAGAAGAAGCCGUUGUGAAAAGGAGGACGAGGGCGACGACCCCUGGCCAAAAAGAGACUUUUCGUUCGGAUUAUCCCAGGGCAGGGAGAGCUCUACCAGAGCAUGAGAGGGAGGUCAAAUGCCCUUCGUUUAGGACGAUCAGCUGUUUCUGGUUUUCAGCUCCAUCUUUGCUCACCCCUCAAUGGACAAAAUUGGACUCCUUCAGGGCAAACCUCCUAGUAUUGUAUUUGUGAUGGCACUCCUAUAUUCCAUCAAGGGCAGUAUUUACCAACCUUGGCAGCUUUAAGAUGGGAGCUUCUUGGACGAGAAGUGAAACGUCUUCAAAGAAAAACAAGAAAGCCCAGUUGUCAGGGUUCCAAGGAACACCCCCAACGAAAUAAAGCUCUGAGGCUUGAAGUUCCUCAAAGUAACAAUUUAUUAGAGAUGUCAUGUUGGCACAGCUGGGAAAACCCGAAACUGAAAGCUUCCAGGUUUUUCACACCCAGUUGACAGUUCACAGCCCUGCCCCAUACCCACAAGUUCAUCACAUUGUCCAGUCAACUCUUCACACUCAAUUGGAUACAGUCUUCAGGCAGCCUCCGUCAGACGCAGGAUGUCCUUGAAUACGGAAUGUUGUUAAGACUAACUUUCUACCGCUCCAACAACAACCCCCUCCCAACUUCCCCAGCUAAAAUAUGUGGCAGUUAAGAAACAAAAAGACAAUUUCCUUCCAAAACUGACACCAGUUGCCUCUGGAAAAGGCACCUUUAGGACUUUUAAGAUGGAUAGACUUUCCUUCCUUCUUUUUUUUUUGAAGACAUUUUGCUUCUCAUCCAAGAAGCUUCUUCAGCGUAUGGUGGCGGAUGGAAGGAUUUAUACUCCUUUCAGGCAGCUGGUCAUUUGCAUACUUUUGGGGAGUCACUGAGGCCACUUGGAGGUUUGUCUGUAUCCUCGGGGUCACCUGAGUGGUUCAAGUGGGUGUGGAGCUUUGGAAGUGCUGAAAGAACACAGACUUCCAAGUGGCCUCAACUACUCUCUAAAAGGAUGCAAAUGACGAUCUGUCCGCAAGAAAUACAAAUCCUUUCCCCACCGUCCAGUCAGAGCCUGAAGAAGCUUCUUUGGAUGAGAAGCGAAAUGUCUUCAAAAAAACCCCCAGAAAGUCCAGUUACCUUUUGGGGGGGGGGGGACACCUUUCGGACAACCAUGACCUGGACGACUGAGAAUCUCCAUAAACCUCUUCCCUUCCUCUAUUCUUCUUCUUCCCUUCCUUCCUUCUUACCAACUUUCUACCCUGUUUCCCCCCAAAUAAGACAUUCCCGAUAAUAAUAA